AGAAGGUUCGGCCAACGACCCGGCCCGUUUCUGUGUAAACAUUCCAUUGGUAUAAAUACCACACCAAACCAAACUGAACCAACGGUCUCUACUUCAAAUCCCUUAUUCCCGCCUUUAUUUGUUGUUUUCCACUUUCCGUCUUCUUUCUCAUCUCUCUGUCGGAAACUCCAAACGCGUGCCGUUUCUGCAGAUUCCGGCGACGAUGAACUAGAAGCCGUUGCAUCUCCGAUCAGAAACGAAAAUGAAGAUCAACAAAGCCUGCGAUCUCUCUUCCAUCUCCGUCUUUCCUCCUCCUCUUCUUCAUUCAAGGAAAGCGAACAACGUAUCAAGUGGAUUGCAAGUUUCUCACUCUCAGCAUCGCACGCAACCAUCGCAGCAAUCGUUUUCGCAGGGACUUUCAUCUCAGCACGGAUUGCUGUCUCAUUUCUCUCAAAACUCUCUCGAUGAGGCCGUCACAACUAAUGAACCGAGAGUUGGUUCUCAAGAACAAGAGAACUCUUUGAGGAGGCUUUCUAGCUUGCCCCGACCUACAUAUUCAAGGGAAGAGAGUCACCCCCUUAACUCUAGAUCUUCGUCCAAUCUAAUGCUCAAAUGGAACUCUGCAGAUCAUAAAGGUCAGUUAAGUGAAGGACUUGAACACCGAAUAGGCAUAAUGGAAACUUCAUUGAGUAGGUUUGCGAUGAUCUUGGAUUCUGUUCAAAGUGACGUUAUGCAAGUAAACAAAGGAACAAAGGAAAUUAUUUUGGAGGUGGAAUGCAUAAGGCAGAAGUUGAUAGCUCAGGAUAACUCAUUUCAGUUGAUGACUAAAGGACAAGAAGAAUUCAAAGCAAGGAUUGAUGGGAACUUGAAAUCUUUAUCUGAACAAAUGAGCCAUGUUUCAAAGAAAGAGAAGCUACAGGAUGUAUAUUUGGCGGUUUCUCCAUUGCCUCGGCUAAUUGAAGCCUCUAUGCAAAGUGUAAAAAACGAUCUCUGUAACAUCACCAAGGAAAUGCAGGGAAUUUCUUCCAAUCUUAGAAGCUUCAACCAAAAGAAUAUGGCACCGCCGUCUUUGUCCUUAAAGAAUUUAAGCAAACAGGUUAUCACACCGAAAAAGCGACAGCCUCUUGCUAAAGAGGCGAAUACUAGUUUACAAGCUGCUGUAGCUCCAGAGGUAGAAAUGGGCGGCUGGAAGUCAGUAAAAAAGGAACGAGUCACUUUUUCAGAUAAAGCAUCUGAGAAGGUACAAAAGAAAAAAGAGCCACAAACUGAGAAGUUUAUGAAGGGAGGUAUAGACUGUGCUAUUGUCAUUGAAUCUGACGAGGAGACUGAAGUGGGAUUUUCCUGCUUGGUCAAAGAAAACGCAGGGAGAUCAGGAGAAGACCUAUUUGGCAAAUUGACCAAGGAAGAAGAGGAAGAAACUGAGCGAAUUUUGCGGAAAGCAAGGAGGCGUAAGAGGAAAAGUAUUGUAAUACUAUAAAAAUAUACUGAAGGAGAAGUUUGUUAUUUUCAGAUGCAGGGAAAACACCCGAGGCUGGAACUUGGAUAUAAUUGUGGAACUUUUGGUGUUUUUUCUUAAUAAAGUGAAGUCUCGCUUUAAGAAUUAGUAUCGAUCUUAGUUAUACAGGUACUACUCAUGUCAUGUGUAAUUUUAAUUAGAAAUAGUAUAAAAAAGAAGUACUAAAUUGUAUGUAAGUUUAUCAUCAGAAAUUAUUCC